UAGACUUGACGCGAUGCAAAUUUUAAAGAAAAAAAAACAAUUAUUAGAGAGAGAGAGGAACUUGUCUGCUUCCUCAAAUUCAAUCAAGUUUGUCGAAUAUGAUACUCUCUGUAGUGUAAUUAGUGUUUCCGAUUCCAACAUUUCGUCAAAACGUUUGGGAACGUGUGCGAGAUUGAUUGUGUAGUCAACAAACCAAAAUCAAAAUGUCGACAUCAACGAUGUCACUCACCGCGACUCCCGCUAAGAGGUCGCCGAUCCGCGCCGCGGGAGAGAAGAAACCUAGCUUCGAUUUCCCGCCAAGCGAAUCUCUCGCGAACAACGGCGGCACGAGCAGCAGAGAUCCGAUCCGCGCCGAAGCCGUUGUCGAUCGAUCUCAGGGACAAGACUUAGGUCCCGUAACCAGGAGAUCGGUUUCCUCCGCGGCGACGACGACGGGGACAAACGCAGCCGCCAAUCAUCGGCGGACGCGGAAGGUAGCGGCGGCGGCUCCUAAGUCCGCGAAAGCGCGGUGGAAGAGAGUGGCGAGAAUCUUCGCGAAGCAGCUCGCGGCUCUUCUGAUCAUCGUCGGGUUGAUUCAAUUGACGAGGAAAGUGAUUCUGAAAGUCUCCACUUUCUCUUCUUCCUCCUUUGGAACGACGGCGUUUUCGGGAUUGGAGAACCGGAUAGCGGAAGUGGAUGGGCUUGUAAAGGCCACUACGAGUACAAUGCAGGUCCAAGUUGAGUUACUCGACAAGAAGAUUGAAAAAGAAGCGAAAGCGUUGAGGCAAGAGCUCGACACGAAAGCCUCUGCGUUCCAGAGGGAGUUGAAGAAGGUAGAGUCUAGAGCAGAGUCGUUAGAGAAGUCAGUAGACGACCUAAAUGCUAAACCUUUUGUGUCGAGAGCUGAGUUAGACAAGAUCUACGAGGAACUAAAGAAAGGGAAUGUAGAUGAUUCUGAGUUUAGCAUUGAUGAGUUAAGAGCUUAUGCUCGUGAGAUGAUUGAGAAAGAGAUUGAAAAACAUGCUGGUGAUGGACUUGGAAGAGUAGACUAUGCUUUGGCGUCUGGUGGUGGGUUUGUGAUGCAUCAUUCGGAUCCCUUUCUUGUUGGGAAAGGGAGUAGUUGGUCGGGGACAAGCAGCCGACAUGCUCAUGCCAAUGCGGUUAAGAUGUUGUCUCCGAGUUUUGGGGAGCCUGGCCAGUGUUUUGCUUUGAAAGGUAGUAGUGGAUAUGUUCAAAUCAGGCUGAGACGACCAAUUGUUCCAGAGGCUUUCACCUUGGAGCAUGUAGCUAAGAACGUGGCGUACGACAGAUCCAGUGCUCCAAAAGAUUGUCUCGUAUCAGGAUGGCUGCAAGGAAAAGGGCAGGCACCCUCAGAGAAGAUGCAACUUCUAGCAGAGUUCACUUACGACUUAGACAGGUCGAACGCACAGACAUUCAGCGUCCUGGACUCAUCAGGCUCUGGUCUGAUCGAUACUGUCAGGCUAGACUUCACAUCCAACCAUGGAAGCAACUCCCACACUUGCAUCUACCGGUUUAGAGUUCAUGGGCGUGCACCAGACCCAGUAUCUGUUGUGGGAAUCCAGUCUUUAUCAGGACAAUUCACCUGGAACUGGACAAACUGUUGUGUUUUCAUUCAUCCAAAUCUCUAAGAAAGCAUGUGUUCCAAAAAAAAAAAAGAAAAAAGAAAAAAAAAGAAAGCAUCAGAUUCUUGUGGGAAAGAGAAAAAAAAUCCAAUUGAUUUGUUUAAUCCAUAAAACGCAUUAUGAUAUCUUCAAAGAAUAUCACACCAAGUUGCCUA